GAUGCAUACAUGGAGCUCCACAGUGCAACAUUUUAUGACUUGCACUGCAAAAUAUGUGUGCUGCUUUUAGGAGUUUGUUCUGCAUUAAGGCUGACAGUCCCAUCACAUACGUUCCAUGGCACUGAAGGGCAGCCGCUACAACUAUCAGUUGCAUAUCAUUUCAACAUAACGGUUUCUGAUAUUCAGAUAACGUGGAUGUUUGAACAGCCAUCAAAAUCAACCACAUCUCUGUUUAUGUCUGUAAAUCAGACUGUAGUUUCAGACUUGGAAUAUCAGCACAAAUUUACAUUUACUCCUCCCAAUGCAUCUCUGCUGAUAAAGUCUUUACACUUCAGUGACGAAGGUAAUUAUACUGUUAAAAUCAAUAUCGCUGGAAAUGAGAGAAUAUCAGCCCAUGCAAAGAUUCACGUUACUGUUGAUGUUCCUGUCACAAAACCAGUGGUGUACACUGAACCUUCUGCAGGAGUUGUGGAAUACAAGGGGAACAUUACUUUGAAAUGUACUGUGAGAAAUGGCACACGGGUUAGCUACCAGUGGAUGAAAAAUGGAAAUCCCAUUGAAGCCAGCACCAACUUCUCUUUGUCUCCAAAUCAUGACACACUGUCAAUUGUCCCUGUUGUUAAAGAAGCCAUUGGAAAUUACAGCUGCUUAGCCACCAAUUCUGUCAGUGCCUUGCAGAGUGAUGUAAUCAUACCAACUAUAUACUAUGGACCUUAUGGGCUUACAGUGAAUUCUGAGAAAGGUCAUAAAAUAGGAAAGGUGUUUACAUUUGAUAAAGGCGAAGCAGUCCAGUUUUAUUGCUCAGCAGAUUCCAAUCCACCAAAUAAUUAUUCAUGGAUCCGGAAAGCAGAGAACUCUACGCGUGUGAUUACCUAUGGACGGUAUCUGGAAGUUGCAUCUGAAAAAGUGACACAGAAAGCAGAGGAGUACAGGUGCAGCGUGUACAAUAACAUGACUGGAAAACGGGACGAAACCGGUGUCUUUGUGGUAAUUAUUCCAAUAGGACUGGCAAAGAUGACCCAAAAAGAAAAUUUUUUGUCACCUCUGGCAAUAAUAACUGGAAUUUCCUUAUUUCUGAUAAUAUCAAUAUUCCUUGUAAUAUUAUGGACAAGAUUUCAGCCUCAUAAAGUUAUACAAUGGAAGCUGCAGAGCAGGCCUGAAAUGGAUUACAGAAAAGCACAAAGUAUUUCAGGACAUGAAGAUGCACUAGAUGAUUUUGGAAUAUAUGAAUUUGUUGCAUUUCCAGACUCUACAGGAAUUUCUAGGGUCUCCAGUCAGUCAGAUUCUGGCCCUGAUGUUCAGUUUCAGGAUUUCCAUGGUACAGUUUACGAAAUUAUUAGACAAAUUCCUGAACAGCAACAUGACCAUCAAUAAAACUGAUGGUGCCCUACAUGAUACAUCUUUCCCCAGGCUAAAGUGGACAUGCCUUUGGAAUCUGACAUCAAGAUCAGGAAAGAACUUAAAACACACUAAAUACUCCUGUGGACCAGGGUUGUUGAUAAAGUGUAUGUUUAAUCUGUUCCAGUUGUACAUGAAGAGACAAAUGAAAGUGUAUUGAUGAAAUCUGUUUAUGAAAGUGAAUGGAAAGAGCAACAACAGCUAGCAGAGGAAUGGGUCAGGCUACACUACUUGUGAUGAAAACGCUGUCUCAAUUUAACAAAAUCUCUUCCUUAUUGCUGUAUUCGUAAUAUUUUUGUAUUUAUUUUGUUUAAACUAUGCUUCCUAGAUACAAUAGCUAAGUAAAAGUUGGACUGUAAAAGUUACAAAAACAACAAGACAAAAAGACAAAAGAAAUGUCAAAAUAUUGGAUUCUAAAUGUCUGGGAUUACUGCAUCUUUAUCCAGCUACAAGGAUUUCCAAUGCUUAGUCCGAGAUGAAUAUGCCUAAACAUUAUAUUGAUCUGCAUUGUGGGAAACAACCUAUAUACUGCCAACAUGAUUAAUGUAGGGUAUGUUGGUUAACAAAUACUUGGUUUUUCAAAAAACAGCCUGAAUUUUUCAGUACAGACUGCAGCUACAACAAACAAAUAAAAUGAC